AUGACUGAGGUAUCGGCAACCCGACUCUACCUGGGCAACCUGCCCAAGGGAAUCACCAAGGCCGAUGUCGAGGCUCAUUUCGCCACCCAUGGCACCGGCGAGAUCACCGAGAUCAAGCUCAUGAACGGCUUCGGCUUCAUCGAGUACAAGGAUGCCAUGGAUGCGCGCGAUGUGGUACCUGAUGGAUCCGACUUCAUGGGCGAACGCCUGACCGUCCAGUUCGCGCGCGGCUCCCGCCACCGAGAAGGUUUUGCCAACAACCACGAACGGCCCCCGCCCCGUCCGAGACGCACCCCUCACCGGAUGCAGAUCACCGGACUUCCCAAUGAUACCAGCUGGCAGGACCUCAAAGAUUUUGCACGUCAAUCCAGCCUUGACGUGGUCUACUCGGAGACCGGUCGUGACGGCAAUGGACGUGGUAGUUUUGUCGAAUUCGAAACCGCAGCUGAUCUGAGGACCGCUGUCGAGAAGCUUGACGGCCGCGAGUUCAAGGGCCAGCGUGUCACCUGUGUUGCCGAUACCCAGCCUGACCCUCCCCCGGGACGCGAGCGCUUCCGAUCGCGUUCCCCCAGAGGCCGUGGUGGCCCUUACCCUGGCCCGCCUGGUGAGGACUUCAGACGUGGCCCCCCUAGAGGCUACAGUCCUGGAAGAGGCGGCCGUGAGGAUUUCCGCGGUGGCUACCGUGAGCGCAGCCCUCGCGGCCGGGACCCCUAUUAUGAGGACCGUGGCUAUGGUCGUUCACCUCCUCGUGGUAGAGGCCCCCCUAUGGAUGACUACCCUCCACCUAGAGGUGGAAGAUACGAUGACCCGUACCGCCGCGAUUACGGCCCUCCUGAUCCGUAUGUGAACGGCGGCGGCCGGCCUCCGUAUGACCGACCAGCCUACGACCGCCCGCCCCGCGACUUUCCACCUCGUGACGGUGGCUAUGGACCACGGGAUGGAGGCUACCCUCGCGACGAUUAUCGCCGAGGCGGCGCUGCCGGAGGCUACUGA